GUGCGUGGUGGAAGCAGUGGAAGGGUCCGUGGAGGUAGAAGGAAAUUACCUAGGUACGACGAUCAUUGACAUGGGUGCCUCCCAGGUGCUGAUCGGUAGGCGACUGGCCGAGCAUUUGGGGCUCCACCAAGAGGAAAACGUGACACCUGAAGGGGUGAGGAUACCGACAGCAGAAAGGGGGGGUAGGCAAAUGCCUGCCAAGGACCUUGCGUUUGCAGGAGGUAGUGUUGGCUCCCGGGAAAGAGAACGAAGCGAGACUCAGGUGGGGGCACCACGUCAGGCCUGGCCCACGCUGGUAGCGACCCCAGGCAGCUAUGCCUUCCGGAUGCAGGAUGGACAGCCAGGGCCCGGAAUGGUGCAGGUCCUGUCCACUGGAGAAUGGGAGGAACCCUUGGCAGUGGAGCGAGAGCGGGCAAUAGGGUACUUGAGAAAUGCAACCGCAGUAGAGGGAGUGAUGGAAGCAGAGAGGUGGCGAGCUCUAGGGGGAGCGAUAGAUCAGCACACACUGGUAUGGUUGAUGUACCGGGCAGAGAAGCGAUAGGAGGCAAUGCACAAGCAGCUGCUGAUGAUUUGGAGGUGGAGGGAUAUAGAAGAAAUGCUAGAGGCAGACCCAGUUCAAGCCAUGGACAUAGCGAAGGCAUGGCAAAGGAUGAAAGUGGAGGCAAGGGAGGAAGGUAGGCGGGAUGAAGAGUGCUUGAAUAGCAGAUGAAUCAGCCUCUUGGCGAGAGCAACGCAGGAGGCUGAGGAGCGGCAAGAUACGAACGAGGAGCUGGAGGCAGAGCCCCCCCCCCUUAGGGAUGCUCCCCCUGAGGAGAGUCAGUGGGACAUAGGGGAGGGGCUGGAGGAGGGACAGAAGGAGGAACUAACGGGGGUACUCGAGAAGGCCAGAGACGCCUUCGCAUACUCACUGGCAGAACUGGGCAAGUGUAACCGGACAGAGAUGGAGAUUGAUUUGCAGAGCUCUGAGCCUGUGUAUCAAAGGAGACGGAGACUGAGUCCAGGGGAUCGCGACAUCGCUAUAGCCAAAUGCAAAGAGGUGCUAGCAGCCAGCUUGAUUCAAGAAUCAACAUCAGAGUAUGCAGCGGCAACUGUGGUAGCGGUACACAAGUACUUGACAGGAGAAAUGCUAGCAAGACGGAUGUGGGAGGAUUAUCGAGGCCUGAACCGCAU